GUGAAGGAACGGUAACAGAAACUAAUCACAAAGCUCGGAUAUAAAACCCCACUUCUCAGUGCAGAUCCACACUCACACUACUGAUCCGAGAAAGUGCCAUAAUCAGAAGCAAAAGAUGGAGACGAAGCCCACCGAGAUCAGCAGCGGUAAGAUGUUCGGAGGUUACAACAAGAGGUUCAAGCAUUUCAGCCCCACCCUCGGCUGCUCCAUGAACUUCCACAUCUACUUCCCCCCUUCUCCCUCUCCUUCUCACAAAUUCCCUGUACUGUACUGGCUCUCCGGCCUCACUUGCACCGACGAGAACUUCAUUUUCAAGGCUGGUGCUCAACGCGCCGCCUCCGCUGAGGGCGUUGCAUUGGUUGCCCUCGACACUUCCCCAAGAGGCUUGAAUGUGGAAGGAGAAGCAGACAGCUGGGACCUUGGUGUAGGUGCAGGAUUUUAUCUCAAUGCCACUCAAGAGAAAUGGAAGAAUUGGCGCAUGUAUGACUAUGUUGUCAAGGAAUUGCCAAAGCUUCUAAGUGAUAAUUUUCCACAGCUUGAAACAUCAAAGGCUUCUAUAUUUGGUCAUUCAAUGGGUGGGCAUGGUGCUCUGACAAUCUACUUGAAAAAUCAGGAUAAAUAUAAGUCAGUUUCUGCCUUCGCACCAAUAGCAAAUCCUAUAAAUUGUCCUUGGGGACAGAAGGCAUUCUCGAAUUAUCUGGGUGACAAUAAAUCUGAUUGGGAGGAUUAUGAUGCCACUUAUUUGGUUACGAAGUUUCCCAAUGUAUCUGCCAGCAUUUUGAUUGAUCAGGGGGAAGACGAUAAAUUUUUGCCUGAUCAACUGCUGCCUCACAAGCUUGAAGAAGCUUGCAAAAAGGCUAAUGUUCCACUUCUGUUACGUUUUCAACCUGGUUAUGAUCACUCUUACUAUUUUAUUGCCACCUUCAUCGAUGAUCACAUCCGACAUCAUGCUCAAGCUCUUAGGCUUAAUUAAGUUGUGUGCACUCUGAUGAUCUACAACUGUUUUGUGAACUCUUCUGAAUCUACUCAUCUUUAGUUUUACUCAACCUUGGGUUGCAUGAGUUUGGAAUGGAACUUCUUUCAUGUUGGUCAAAAUUAAUCCCUUGCCUAUGAAAUGUAUAAUUAUAUUAUUUUCGAAUUUUUUUUA